AUGCUUCUCUCACGACAUCGAUCGAUGGUGAGUCGUCAAGGUGGGAUCACGCGACUGCGGCAGCCCCAUCCCUCGCCUUCCUUCAAGACCUGCCUUCCCUUCCAUAAAGCUCUCUCCUCCCAGCCUCAUCUUCCAUCUUCCAUCUCCAUUCUCCAUUCUCCAUUCUACAACAACAACAACAACUUUCAGCAAGCAAAGAGCGAAUACCCAAUCUCACUCUCUCCUACACUUCACCAAACCGCAAUCAUGGGAAAGACCAACAAGUUCAAUGAUCGUGACCACGCUGGCUUGGCCGAUGGAACUGCUGCUGCCUCCGAGCACCUCCCCCGCUACUUUGCUAAGACCGGUCAUGUCGACGCUGAUCCAAAGAAGACCAAGAAGAAUGGCGCAGGAAAGGGUGGCUGGGGUGUCGAAGGCGAGGAGGUACAAGAUGAAGGCUUCAAUCUUGCCAACGCUCGUCGUCGAUCCAACUCCAGCUCCUACACUGCCGGAUUGAAGGACUUCAAGACCAAGUUCGAGCACAUUGAGCAAGACCCCGUCUUCGAGGAGGAUCUCCAUGGCGCCGGUGAUGAUGAGGAUCUCCCAUCAGCCCGUCGUAUUAAUACCGAGAGUUCCGAUGGCAGCAUCGAUGAGGAUGACAAGGCCAAGAGCGUUUAA